UGAAUGUGCAAAGAGAGACAGACAGAGACUGACAGACGAGGCCAUAGAUGCCAUGGUGGAGGAUGUUUGGGCUCAGCAGGGCACCUCAGUCUUGCUGAGGUGUGCACAAAGCCUUGUCCAAUACGCCAAGUACAACGAACUGAAUUGGAGCAGGGUGACAGGUGAGGGCUCCGAUGACACCAUCUUGGUGAAGCACCUUGGCGGUGACGGCCGCGACGUAGGAGUGCAGUACAACCCGGCGUACGGACCCCGCUUCCGCCUGGCGCCCGACAACUCGCUCGAGAUUGACGGGGCCGGCUUAGAAGAUGCGGGGAGCUACUCGUGCCACCUGUACCCAGAGCUCGGCGAAGUGGUGCACGUGCAGAGGACGAGACUCGUGGUGGUGAGAGUGGCAGAGACGAUCACCGAUUUGGCUGUUCAGGCCAAACACUUCACGGACGCUGCACUAGAGUCUCAAACCAGCCGUGGUGAUGGAUUUGAUGGUGGUGGUCUUGGUCAUGGUGAAGUUGGUGGCGCUGGUGAUGGUGAUCACGGUGGCGGUGGCUUUGAUUGUUUCUCGAUGGAAGCCAUCGUUUGCUACGCCAUUCUCGCCAUCACAGCGCUCAUGCUCGCCGUCUUUCUGGUUACAAAAGCGAGGAAUUGGCAACGAUAUCAGAAGAAUCUGCACGCGCAAACGUGUCCAGAGCGGGGUGAGGGGAAGAUAGAUGAUCGUUAAACCUCCCCUUACGCUCGGAGCACGGUCACCAAAAGAAUGCCCGACCAUGCAGUUCUGUUGAGAUAAGUCAUGGGGGACACAAUGA